AUGCACGCAGCCAUGCUGGAGGCAUACACAAACGCACCCGUCGCACUCCUAGUCUUAGCACCCAUCCUCCUGCUACCAAUUCUACUCAUCCCACAUUUAAAGGGAUUGUCCAAUCAGUCGUCCUUACUCCCGCGCCUCAGCCAACUAUGGCGCUGGCGCCGCCCAUCGAGCGAGAUCGUCUCGCUGCGCAUGUACCCCAUCAAGUCCUGCCGCGGCUUCGAGGUCCAAUCCACCAUCCUCAAAGAGCACGGCCUCGAUCUUGAUCGACGCUGGAUGCUCGUCGAUGCGUCGACGCGCAAGUUCUUGACCAUUCGUCAGAUCCCCGAUAUGACGCGCAUCGGCACAAGCCUGAGCGUUGAUGGGCACGAAUUGGUCAUUACGAUCCCGUCCAACAGUGCUGCCACUACCGCCGACAAGCCUGCCAUCAACACUGUCCGCAUCCCAUCUCAUCCAUCGCCGGAGUGGCUGGAGGCUAAUACUUCCGUGGCGCCGGUUAUGAUCUGGGAUAACGAUACAGAUGGAUACAUCUACAGCGACGCUAUCAAUGCCCCGUUCUCCGAGUUCCUGGGCCGCCCCGUCUCGCUGGUUUACAAGGGCCCUACGCCGCGCGUGUUAAAAGGCAAUGGCGCGCCCAAGCUGCUGGGCCGCGUCCAGACUACCGGUUUUCCCGACGUAUUCCCCAUCCUCAUCGCGUCGGAGGCAUCUCUCACCGAGCUGAACAUCCGACUCCGUCGUGCGGGUGUCGACCCAAUCACGGUCGAGCGCUUCCGUCCCAAUAUCAUCGUCCGCGGCGAGACGCCCUGGGUCGAAGAUUCCUGGAAGACAGUGCGCCUUCAUAGCGCGCCUCAGAAGGCCGAAGCUGGUAGCUUUAGCUCUUCGAAGCAGACGAUCACGCAGGCCCCGCUGGAUCUGGACAUCGUCGCCCGCUGUGCGCGCUGCCAGGUUCCGAAUGUAGACCCGGACACGGCUGUGAAGCAUAAAAAGCAACCGUGGGAUACGCUUAUGUCGUAUCGCCGUGUGGAUGAGGGAAUCAAGUAUAAGCCUUGCUUUGGGAUGCUGGCUGCGCCGAGGAGUGAGGGGGCUGUUGAGGUGGGCAUGAAACUAGAGGUGUUGGAGGAAACAAAUAAGCAUCGGUAUAUUACUGGUUUCUGA